GAGUGUUGCUGCUACUGCCACCAAGGAUCACUGUCGCCAUCGUUACAAGGCGACUUUCAAGAAGGGAAAUCAUAUCAAUCGGUUCGUUGGCUUUCCAUACUCUUUCACUUCGCUGCCUCGGCGCCGUGAUGGAGCUUUUCGCACUUUCGAGUGCUCUGUGGGCGUGGCGUUACUGAUCCGACUGCUACAUCGGCGGCGGACACCAGUUGGGAGUGGGCAUUUACAUACCGUCGCAGCGACAGUCUCGGCACUUGUGGGAACACACUCGCCUCGACGUGCGACCAGUGGGCAAAGGCAAGAUUUCGAUCUUCGCCAAGUGGGCUUCGCAAAUCUCAGCUUUGCAUGAGACUCGAUCUGAGGGCAUCACAAGGACUUCAUCGUCCAGCGGGCUUUUCUGAGGGCUUUACACGACUCAUUGUCGUUCGUGGGCAUUUGCUGUUACUGCUACUACUGAGCUUGGACACUUGUGUCCUCAUCGCUGGGUUUCUGAGACGAACAGGCGAUUCUACCCGCCGCUGCGACCACGUUCGAGCGGCGUCGAGAUUUGGGUUUACAUAAUACUGACUCUCUACCAGAAUCAUCAUCAUAGACCCCUGGCAAUGGCAAAGAACAAGAAAGCAAGCAAGGCUGCUGCGGCCGUCGCACCGGUCAAGAGCAAAAGCUCGAGCAAGCCGAUCGAGAAGGUUCAGGCUGGUCGCGUGACCAAGUCAGACAAGAAGAGCACUAGCAAGGAGACUGCGAAGAAGACAGCCAAGGCUGUUGAGAAGAAGUCGAAGAAGCGAGAGCCCACUCCAGAGUCAUCAAGCGAGAGUGAAAGCGAGGCUGAGGCAAGCACCAGCGACGAGAGCUCUGAGAGCGAGCAAGAGACGAUCAGCAAGAAGCCUCAGGUGAACGGCAAAGCUAAGGCUAAGGCUCCUGUCAAAGACGACUCUGAUGACUCUUCCGACGAGUCUGAGAGUGAGAGCGAGGCUGAGCCGGCCCCGAAGAAGACUGAGAAGCUCAAUGGCAAGGCACCUGCAAAGGAAGAGUCUUCCGAUUCCUCUGAAGGCUCUGACUCCGACGAAGAUGAGGAGCCCGCCGCUGCCGGCGCGAAGAAGGCCGAGUCUGACUCCGAAGACUCCGACAGCUCUGACGAGGAUGAUGAGGAAGAGCCAAAGGUCAAUGGCACUUCCAAGGCUGCGAAGGACGACGACUCUAGCAAUGACUCCAGCGACGACUCGAGCGACGAAGAAGAGGAAGAGAAGCCAAAGGCCGACAGCAAGAAGCGCAAGGCCGAUGAGGAGCCUGAGCAAAGCCCAAAGAAGGCCAAGACUGAGGAUCCAAAUGUGACUGGCAACCUCUUCAUCGGCAACCUCAGCUGGAACGUCGAUGAGGAGUGGCUCACCCGCGAGUUCGAGGAGUUCGGUGAGCUCAAGGGUGUGCGCAUCAUCACUGACCGCGACUCUGGUAGGAGCAAGGGCUUCGGCUACGUUGAGUUCGAGAAUGCCGAAGAUGCGGCAAAGGCUCUCGAGGCCAAGAACGGUGCUGAGCUCGACAACCGUGCCAUUCGUCUCGACUUCAGCGUCCCUCGUCAGAACAAUGCUCAGAAUCCACAACAGCGCGGCCAGGAACGUCGCCAACAGUAUGGCGACAAAGCUAGUGAGCCAUCACAGACACUCUUCGUUGGCAACCUUAGUUUCGAUGCCACCGAGGACAUGGUCCGUGAAUACUUUGAGGAGCACGGCAGCAUCAACGGCAUUCGUCUGCCCACCGACCGCGAGAGCGGUGCACCAAAGGGCUUCGGCUACGUAGAGAUGGGCUCUAUCGACGAGGCCAAGGCAGCUUACGAGGCUCUCCAAGGCGCCGAUCUAGGAGGCCGCCCAAUGCGCCUCGACUACUCCACCCCUCGUCCUCCACGUGAGGGCGGCUUUGGUGAUCGCGGUGGUCGUGGUGGUGGCCGAGGAGGUGGCUUCCGUGGUGGUCGCGGUGGCUUUGGCGGUCGCGGUGGCUUCGGCGAUCGUGGUGGUCGUGGAGGAGGCCGUGGUGGAGGCCGUGGCGGCCGCGGUGGCUCAACUAACCGUGGCGGCUUCGGCGACUUCUCGGGCAAGAAGGUCACCUUCUAG